AGAAGAAGAAAGGCGAAAAGUCAAUGGCGGCUGACAGUUUGUGAUGAGCCAACGAAAACAGCCAAGAUUCUUGCAAGUUGAACGUACAACGUUUAAACCAGGACCGGGGAUAAAAACUCUGACGACAAAAUGCAGAUCACUUUGAAAACCUUGCAGCAGCAGACGUUCAAAAUCGACAUCGACGAAGAAGAGACGGUGAAGACAUUGAAAGAGAAGAUUGAAGAGGAGAAAGGAAAGGACCAUUUUUCAGUUUCUGGACUGAAACUGAUAUAUGCUGGAAAAAUCCUCAACGAUGACACAGCACUCAAAGAAUACAAAAUCAGUGAGAAGAACUUUGUGGUCGUCAUGGUGACAAAGGCUAAAACAUCCUCAGCAGCCCCACAGCCUUCACCUGCCACCUCAGCCCCCAGCACGACAGCCCCCGCGGCAGCUCCCGCCACGUCAUCCGGCUCAGAAAACGCCACAGAGCGUGCCUUCACAGACGACAAACCAGAGGAGAGACGGUCUCCGACUGCUGAACCGGCCGCCACCCCUGUCGGAAGCUCCGAAGCUUCAACAAACACAAACCUAAUUGAUGAGGCUGUUUCAACUCUAGUGACAGGCCCAUCAUAUGAUGCCAUGGUGAAUGAGAUGAUGCUCAUGGGCUACGACAGAGAGCAGGUGGUAGCAGCCCUGAGAGCGAGCUUCAACAACCCAGACAGAGCUGUGGAGUACCUGCUCACAGGUAUUCCAGGCAGAGAUCAGAGCCAUGCAACAGGACCUGAUGCGGUGGCGCCUCCAGUGAGUGGAGCUCCCACUCCUGCUGCACCCACAAGCGGUAUUAGCAUGCCCGCCAACACUGGCUCUUCACCGAGUGCUGGGGGAGGCAACCCCUUGAGUUUCCUACGAAAUCAGCCCCAGUUCCAAGUGAUGCGACAGCUGAUCCAGCAGAAUGCCGCCCUGCUUCCUGCCUUGCUGCAGGAGAUCGGCAGGGAAAACCCUGAGCUGCUGCAGGAGAUUAGCAACCACCAAGAGCAGUUCAUCCAGAUGCUGAAUGAACCCAAUCCAGAGGCAGUGCCAGGAGAUGGUGGACAUGGAGCCGGAGGAGCCGGAGGGAUGGCAAGUGACACGCCCGGGGGGAGUCACAUGAGCUACAUCCAGGUCACGCCACAGGAGAAAGAGGCCAUUGAGAGGCUAAAAGCCUUAGGAUUUCCAGAGGGACUUGUUAUACAAGCCUACUUUGCUUGUGAGAAGAACGAGAACUUGGCAGCCAACUUCCUUUUACAACAGAACUUUGAUGAUGAUUAAAAGAGUCAUGUUCACUUUUUUCGUAUUUCUUCCUCUUGUUUUUGAUUGCUGAUACUGAAUAUAUGUGUAAAACAAGCCUUUUUCACCCCUCCCCCACAUGAAAAUGAAGUUUUAUUCACUACUUCCACAUUCACCUUUCUUAAUAACACUGGAUCAUUAUUAGCUGGUGUACAGGCUGGAGGACAGGCUGUUGUUAUCAGUUUGAAAUGGAGGAAUAAUUAAAGUACAAAAACUUUGCAUCAGAAA